AUGGACUUUAUCAAACGCAAACUCUCCGUCAAGAAGACAAGUCCCACCACCACCACCACCACCACCAACAACAACAACAACAAUCACGCCCAACCCAAAGACCUCCUCCCCCCUCCCACCCAAGAAAAGAAAGACCACUCCCAACAAUCCACCUCCACCUCCCCCCAAAGAACAAGAACCAACCCUCCCAAAUAUACCACCAGAAAAAGGAGAAGAAGAAGAUCCGACGAACCCCCUUCCUCCUCCUCUUCCUCCUCCUUCUUCCUCAAACACGGCGGACCAGGCCUCAACGCCCCUGGAAACAUCAUCUUAGUAGCACCCCUUUCCCCGAGUGAUGAUCUUCCCAAAGGAAGUGACAGUAGUGGUGGUGGUGGUGCUGAUGGUGAUGGUGAUGGUGCCUACGUGACGUCCACGUUUGGUUUUGCAACAAAAGAUGUCCCACCGUUGCCUGAGAAUGGCCAUGUGCAUGGAAAUGGAGAUGGAGAUGGGAAGGGGGGCAUGAUGAGUGAUUGGGAGAGGUAUCGGGUGCGGACGCUGAUGCUGGCGGGGAGAGCUGGUGGGAGGAACGGGAGGAGGGAGGAGGAGGAGGAGGGGGAGGGGGAGGAGGGGGAGGGGGAGAUUUGA